UGGGCUGAAGGCAACACUAAACCGCUCAGCCACCAGGGCUGCCCCGUAAUUUAUUUUAAAAGAAAAAUUUGCAUCGUCCCUGUAAGCUGAAAAAGCAUCAGCGAGCGUUCCUUCAUCAGGUACUGUCCUGGAUCCGGAAAUGCAAAGAAAACGAGCAAAUUGUCUGAAAUCGCACAAAAAGGUGAAUGGAAAAGGGCUGCAUCUGAAACCAAAGCUGAACCCUUUGCGAUGAUCUUCACCAGCCCAGGUUUAUUUAGUGUUCAGUCUGGGAAGGAAGGAGAGGUUGAGCCACCAGAGUUUCUUUCUUUCUUUCUUUCUUUUUUCUAAUUUUUCUUUGCCACCAGAGUUUCAAGGUGCAGGUGUGCCUCCCUAAGGCCCUUGAAAGAUGACAAGUUUUGCUCAAGGAGCCAAGCAGGGCCUGACCAAGCAGAGGAACCACAGGUGAGGUGACGGCUCAUCAUGUCCCAGGAUGACCCUGCACGCUCCUGCCUGCCACGCUUGAUGCUUCCUGCCACCUGCUGGCGCAGGGGUUCCUGUGGCUGUUCCCGCACAGACCUCGGAGGAGAAGGCGGCUCUAUCACCAGAGAGAAUAAGAAAUUAUGUGGAUGGAAAUUCUUCUCAUGACCACUGCUAAUUAUAGUCAGCAACAACAGAUUUUUUCUUUUCCUGAUUUCGGAUGUCAAACUUGGGACAAUUUGACUCUGAUUUUUACCAAUCUAAUUAUACUAUUGAUAAUCAGGAGCUGAGUUCUGAAGAUUCUAAUGCCUAUGGACAUCUUUAUGUAUCUGGAAAACAGCCAGCCGGUGACCAGCGUCAGCCUGCCUUCAUCCCCCCGGAGAUGCUCCUGCCCUCAGGUGGCGAGGCCCAACUUUUCCAGCCAGCGUCCAGCCCAGAUUAUUAUUCACAGUCUUCCUACGUGGACAGUUUUGAGGAAGAGCCUCCUUUGCUAGAAGAACUUGGGAUUAAUUUUAAUCACAUAUGGCAAAAAACCUUGACCGUGUUAAACCCACUGAAGCCAGCAGACGGCAGUAUCAUGAAUGAAACGGACCUCACUGGGCCCAUCCUGUUUUGUGUGACUCUAGGAGCCACCUUGCUUCUGGCAGGAAAGGUUCAGUUUGGUUACGUGUACGGCCUGAGCGCCGUGGGCUGCCUGGGGAUUCACACUUUGCUGAGCUUGAUGAGCUCCCCGGGGCUGUCCUGUGGCUGCGUGGCGAGCGUGCUGGGCUACUGCCUGCUACCCAUGGUCAUCCUGUCCGGCUGCGGCCUCGUCUUCUCACUGCAGGGCACCUUUGGAACUGUGUUGGCACUGGUCAUCAUUGGCUGGUGUAGUCUCUCCGCUUCCAAAAUCUUCAUUUCGGCCUUGGACAUGAAAGGACAACAGCUUCUCGUCGCCUACCCUUGUGCCUUAUUUUAUGGACUUUUUGCCCUCCUAACAGUUUUCUGAAGAGUAUUUGAAAUGCUGUUUCAAGAUUCUAUUUGUUUCCUGUUCACAUUACCCUGAAAAUGCGUUAGCAUUCAAAUUUGGUAACAUGAUUUCUGCUUUAUGGCUGUUGGGAGAAUAAUAAGCAAAGAGACAAAACAGCACUUAAGGAUGGUACUCUAAUAACUUGUUUGGUUUGAAUGAUGUUUUGCUUUUUGGUUUGGUGCAUUAAAACAUUUUAAAAUAUUUUAAAAUAAAAGGGAAUACAGUUGUUGUACUGAUGGA